UUUAACAUCCACCUUCAACAAGCCACGCCCACCCACUCGUCGUCGUCGUCGCAACCCCAACAGCACAACAUGUCUGCUCUACCGAACACUCUGCUCCCGGGCGCUUCUUCUUCGUCAUCGCGACCACCCACCGGUGCGACAACCUACUCAGCUCCGCAGACCGUCCCUACCAUGCCCCCUCCCAUCAACACCAACCAGCAGCAGUAUACGCCGCGUCCUCCCACCCUCAAUCCCCAGCACAGUCACUCGCGCUCGAGUCCUGCUGGCCUCGACCAAAAGUACAUUGCUUUCUCCACCACUCCUACAAAAGCUUACAACUCCAUCACCCCCUCGUCAAGCCACUCUCCCCUAGGCCUGGCCGACAUACGCCCUCGUACCAAUUCCGACUUGCUCAACCGCACGGGUACCCAGUCAGCUGCCGUCUACGACUAUGGUCCUAGCCAGACAAACUGCAGCUACAUGGCUCCGUGGGCCGCCUACUCGUUUGAUUGGUGCAAGUGGCCGGUGCCCAACGGUAAUAGCUGUGGUAAGAUGGCCAUUGGCAGCUAUCUCGAGGACCCUCAUAACUUUAUUCAAAUCGUCGACACGCAGAUCACCUCCCAGGAUCAAUCAGCCAUGGGCGGUCCUGCCUACGGCAUCGACUAUGUCAAGGUCGCCGAAGCCACAUGCGCCUACCCGGUGACGCGUAUUUCGUGGGAGCCUCCAUCUUCAUCCAAACAAUCUACCGAUCUUCUUGCUACCUCGGGCGAUCACUUGCGCCUGUGGUCCCUCCCCUCAUCCUCUCAACCCGCCAUGCUGUCCAAUAACAUCAACCGAUCCGCUUCGGUCAAUGUGCGCGAUCCUUCCGUCCAAAAGCUGCAGCCUCUCGCGCUCCUCUCAAAUUCGAAGACCCCUGAACACACUGCUCCUUUGACCUCUCUUGAUUGGAAUACUCUCUCGCCGAAGCUUAUAAUAACAUCGAGCAUUGACACGACUUGUACUAUCUGGGAUAUUCCUACACUUACAGCGAAGACGCAGCUGAUCGCACACGACAAGGAGGUCUUUGAUGUCCGCUUCUGUGCAGGCAGUGUAGAUGUGUUUGUCAGUUGUGGUGCCGAUGGAAGUGUACGAAUGUUUGAUUUGCGAAGCCUGGAACACAGUACUAUUAUCUACGAACCCUCGGAGAAGUCGGACAAAGAUAAAGCGGCUCUGCCAUCUUCUCCUACAAAAUCGUCAGCAGCAGGACUACCAUCAUCUCCUCCACUUCUUCGUCUUGCCGCUUCACCACAUGAUGCACACCUUCUAGCAACUUUUGCUGCUGAUUCAAACAUUGUGCGCAUUCUCGACGCUAGACAACCUGGCACAGCUCUGCUUGAACUUCGUGGGCAUUCAGCUUCUCUCAACUCAAUAGAAUGGAACCCCAGCCGACGAGGCAUGCUUGCCAGUGGUGGUGAUGACAGCCAAGUACUUGUCUGGGAUCUGCUCAAUUCUGGCAAUGGCGCCAGCAUCAACGGCGGUGCUCAAGGAGAAGCUCAAGCAAAGGGCCCCUCAGCAAGCUGGAGAUGCGAUUACGAGGUUAACAACAUUUCUUGGGCGCCACAAAGCGCAUUGACCGGCCAAGGCGGCGAUUGGCUAGGAGUCUGCGCUGGUAAAGGAGUAUGGGGCGUCAAACUGUAA